AUGAACAGCUUCUUUCUGGCACUAUGGAUUGUCGACAAUGCCGGAGCGUGCUUUGGGCUAUUUCUCAACUCUUUCUUGCUCUUGGCUGUGUACAAAACCACUGAUAGCAAGUCCCGUCCAUACUCAUACUUAUUCUUGACUUCCGCCUUGUUCGACAUUUUCUACAGCCUUAUGGAGUUGACUGUUCAGCACGUAAGCUUUUCAAGGCUUUAAUCUUGACUUGCUGUCAGUCAGUCGGGAAAAUAAUUUGGACUUGUCACGACAAAAUGUACCGCCUUGUCCCAACCGUACACCAAAUCUCCAAACCGUCUAUGGACGACUCCACGGCACGACGAGGCCACAUUACUUUCCCGACGGACCGACAUUAUUAUACAUUACUAUCAAAAGCUAUAUGAUGCUGUUUCAGCAACUUCUCAUCAAAGAUGGAAUGUUUAUGGUUAUGCCGCAUGGCAUUGAGGCACAACUAGACUCAUGGACCUAUCCUUGGAUAAUGGCGCCGCAUGCCGCGUUCAUGAUUCAUUCCAUCAACAUUUUGCCGGCGCUUUGCCAUUACCGAUACAAACUCAUCACGUCGUAAGUGUCUUUGCGAGAAAUACCUCCGGAACGCUACAAUUGCAACGUUUUCUCUUUUCAGAGGGAGCACUGUGAACCCUCUUCUAAUGUUGAGAAAUAUUUGUUACGCUACUCUUGCCAGCGCGUGUCUCGGUGCUUUGAUGGGAUUCUCAGCGUACCAAGCCAGUCUGCGAGGAUAUCAGCACUAUCUGGCACUUGUUACGACCGAAUGGUUUGAUGAUGAUGGGACAACACCAUUCAAAUAUGUCUGUGACAUGGUAAGUUUGCGUUGAGCGGACGACACAGUUUUUUGUACUACUUUUCCAAUUAAGCGUGACUUGAUUAAGCUAAAUAGCACGUGUAAUUUUAGCGCGACUGGGGAACUGUUACGUUCUUUUACGGCGGCUCUGUGGGGGCUAGCAUUGCACUCUGCAUGGCGGGAGUUUACACUAUACGUGCAUGGAAGGCGGUGAGCACUCAGCAUUCCAGUGAGCGAACCAGAGAGCUGCAGCGGCAAUUCUCCAGGAGUCUGAUUGCGCAGGUCGGUAAAUCCACAUUAUUUUCCAGACAAACUAAUAUUCAUAUAACCCUCAUUUAUUCAGACCAUUAACGCCGGAAUAUUUGCCAUAUUCCCGAUAGCGUUGGCCAUGAUUGCAAUGCAAUGGAGACUGGAUGGAAAAAUGAUUGGAACGGCGGUCAUGUCUCCGCUUAGCUGGCUUCCCUCUGCCAACGCGUUUCUUACGAUUUAUCUGAUCAAGGCUUACCGUCGCUACGCCCUUCGAUUGAUCUGUAUUAAACGUUUGCGCAUCACGACGGAGAGCACAGGCAGAACUUGGAAAAGUUCUUCCGGCGUCAAUGGGAACUCUGGGAAACAUAUGGUAUCCAAGAUUCAAGGAGAUAUUAUAGUUUAA